CAAUGGCGGAUGCAGUUCCAGCCAGUCGCGGAGGUUUCCGAGGCGGAUUCGGACGCGGUGGACGAGGUGGCCGUGGGCGCGGCAGAGGUCGCGGUCGUGGACGCGGACGUGGAGGGAAAGAGGGCGACAAGGAGUGGCAGCCCGUCACCAAGCUGGGCCGUCUCGUUAAAGACGGAAAAAUUAAGUGUUUAGAGGAGAUCUAUCCUUAUUCAUUUCCUAUCAAGGAAUUUGAGAUCAUCGACCACUUCCUCGGACAGUCGUUGAAGGACGAUGUACUGAAAAUAAUGCCCGUGCAGAAGCAGACUCGUGCCGGUCAACGUACGCGCUUCAAAGCCUUUGUCGCUAUUGGCGAUUACAACGGACACGUCGGUCUCGGUGUCAAGUGUUCAAAGGAAGUUGCCACCGCCAUUCGAGGCGCUAUCGUUCUGGCUAAGCUAUCUGUGAUUCCUGUCCGUCGAGGCUACUGGGGUAACAAGAUCGGUCGCCCUCACACAGUGCCUUGCAAAGUGUCUGGUAAAUGCGGUUCGGUCAGUGUGAAGUUGAUUCCUGCGCCGCGUGGUACUGGCAUAGUGUCUGCACCAGUGCCUAAGAAACUUCUGCAGAUGGCCGGUAUCGAUGACUGUUACACACAAGCUCGGGGCUCCACCUGUACAUUGGGAAACUUCGCUAAAGCUACCUAUCUGGCCAUCCAACAGACGUACGCUUAUCUCACCCCCGAUUUGUGGAAGGAACGCCCUCUAGAGAAAACUCCUUACCAGGUCCACACUGACCAUCUCCAGAAGGCCGCCCGUACCCAAUAUCAUCAUGAAUAAUAACGUAACUAAUCCAAGGAUGAGGUCUCAACUAGUGGCAGGCAUUGCGUAACAUUUCUUUCCCCUCAAUGUUUAAUAAACGGCGCCUCGUAUAUAAGAAAGUGUCUUUUUAUGCAUGUUUAUGCAGUAUUUUGCAAAUAAAUUUUUAGGGAUUUGAACAACUAUGGGCGCGUGGAUUAUGGC